GUGCAAAUCGGGUUACAUAAUUGCAUUGUUUUAUCGCAAGUGUACCAUAUAUACCUCACUUCCCAUCACUUGAAAACCAUGUAGUUGUUUACGUGAUAAAUGUUUGCGAUUGAAUAAGAUAAAUAUCUAUAACUGAAACCUCCUGCAAGAAAUUAUGAAAGUGUUAAUUGAAAAAUAGAUAAGAAUUACAAAUGAAUUUAAAUUUUCACGAAUAUAGCAAACAAUCAAAUCAAGACAUUUUUUGCAUUGAAUACGACGGCGAUAUCACAUGUUUCGAGUUAGGCAAUUUACCGUUACCACCUAAGGAUCCUAGAGAAUUAGGUAUAACAUUACCAUGCUGCAUUAACAAGAAGAAUAACGAAAAACUAAACAAAAACCAACAUGAUAAUGAAGACUCCAAGAAACCCAAAACCUACUGCAGCAGAAAGAUAAAACCUGCAUCUAAACAAGUUGGUGAUCAUUCUAAAGAGUCGUCAUCAGCAAAUACUCUCAAUAACACAAGCCUUGUUUACGUUUUUGAUAAAAAUGGAUUCAACAAGGUAAUCGCUUACACAAAAGCAAAUAUCGACUGCUCCCAUUCAGCAGAUUUAAAACUCAAUAAACGCAAUAGCCAGCAUAAAAAAAUUGGGAAAAAGCCUGCCAGCAAUAAAAAGGCCCGAAUUUUUAAUACAAUUCCUACCAUGGGAAGACAUGUGCAUGCUUGUAGGAGCAGAGAAUUACGAGGUGGCAUUUUGUCAACUGAUUGUUUCUGCCUCCGUCGAAACGGGUUGCAGUACGACUGUCGCAGAACAGGUUGUCAAAAUAAUCCAGAAUGUUCUACGUUACCAGCGCCCAUAUGCGAACCAUCUCGUGUAGCCUGCAAUACACAUCGUACUAACCCUCAUGCCCAGGCAUUAACCGAUAUUUGUAACAUGCGGCCCAGGUACUAAAUAUAGGAACUAUUAUGGUGCAGAGAUAUUUGCGCAAUUAAAUACCUAUUUAAAUGCAUAAGAAAGAAAGGAUGAAAACCUACGUGCGAAACGCAUGCUACUUAUCAAACCUCUAUUUGUGCAUUUGCACCUAUGAUUCAAAGUUCCGAUGAAAAUUCCAGUACUUAACCCAGUUUUCACUGGGGGCUUGUGCCCUUGCAGCCAAGUCCACGGGUCGCCAAGCAUGGAAACUGCUGUUACUAAUGACAAAAUGAUUGUGAAAAUUCUCAAAGCUUUUAAGGGUAAAGAAGUCGCAUUAAAGACAAAUACCAUCAGGCCCGGUACUUUACGUGAUUCCAGCAAAAAUGUUACUAAAGUCGAAACUCCUGGGACCGGAUGGCAACCUCCUCCGCCCUGCGUGUGGGACCUUCCGUGCAAAGCGCACUGUUUUGAGACUCCGGUGUCAGUCCAGCCGGGCCGCAACCCGCUUACUAGCGGCGGUUGCUUCACUACCGUGGUUGACUCAUCCGGGCACAAUGCGGUGUCAAACACCCACCGGCAGCACGAACCAACCAAGAAAACGAUAGAAACUAUACCUCCUAUGGAAUUGGCCAAGUAGAAAUCAAAAACCUGAUCCUGGCAGGUGCGUUUCAUAUUUGAAAUGAGAAAAAAAAUCAGCAACACCACAAAAGAAAAAAAAUAUGACAGAAGAAAUUUUCACUUCACCUAGUUUAGAUGUAUUUUUUAUAAUAAAAAUUUCGUAAAUUUUAAUAAAUAAAUCCAGCAUAAAUUCUCAGUAAUACUUUUCAUGUAUUUUUAAUUCAUAAAAUCUAAAAAUACUAAUAAAAUAUCAAAAAUACCAUUCUCCUCCUGUUUCUCUAAAUCAAAAGGACUAUUAUAUCUAGUAAAAUGUGUUCUCCGUGUGGUCCUAUGGUAUGCUACAAAUAUGAAGACUGUGGCCCUCCGAAAGGUAAGUCCUCGGAUAGAGGCACUAGAGUGGAGGAGGACGGCGAAGAAAAAAAGAAUGACAAGGAAAAUCAGUUGAAGCGAACCAAGAGUCGUGAGUUACGUGGCGGCAUUAUGUAUUACAGUUGUCAUUGUAUCAAGCGAAACGGGCUUCAACAUGACUGUCGCCGUACUGGGUGCGGCGGCGAGCCCGCGUGUCUGGUCUUGCCGGACCCCUUGUGCGCACCUAGUCAGUUGGCGCGCGCCCGAGGUUUGGCUGACCCCGCUGCAUUGGCAGCUCACACCCAAGCUCGUGGUGGUGCUGGCUCUGGGGGGCCAGCAGAUUCAAGUUCAGGAAGCGGAAAAAGGUUCAUUGUCUGCGAAUUGAAGGGUAUUGUUCCUGACGUUUCUUUGGACAAGACCGGUAAAUGUUGUAAGUGUCCAACGACAUUUGUUGUACCACCUACACAAGGUCCCAGUAGUGGUAGCGCCAAACCUCAUUCAUGCAUUUGCACUGGUGGAGCCGGUGCCAAAGUUCCAAUGAAAACUCCAGUAGUCCCUCCAGUUUCCACUAAGUGCUCGUGCAAUUGCGGCCAAGGCUCCGGGCGGCCAAUCAUGCAACCUACCGUAAUAGACGUUGAUGAUAAAUUCUUCGAUCAAAUCAUUAACAGUUUUGAAACUAAGGAAAUAGUGGCAUCUAGAGCAAAAUUAAAUGUCGUGGAAACCGGCGGUCGUGCACGUGAUGCCACCAAAUCUGUUCCUAAAGAAGAGCCUUGUACUAGGGCAGGUUGUAUACAUUGGCAGCCACCUCCGCCCUGCGUGUGGGACCUUCCGUGCAAAGCGGACUGUUUUGAGACUCCGGUGUCAGUCCAGCCGGGCCGCAACCCGCUAACUAGCGGCGGCGGCGGUGGCUUCAUUACCGUGGUUGACUCAUCUGGACGCAACGCGGUGUCGAAGGGCGGCGCUCAACAACCCCGCGAACGAAUGAAACUUUUGAUGCCUGAAUGUUGUACAGGUUGCUCUGCGCCGACUGAUGGAGGAGCAAUGGCGAGUGGCGGCCCGGCGGCUGGCCUGCCCUUGUUGGUGAUGAAGCUUUGCUGA